CAUACCCGUGUCUCCGUCUGUCUUCGUUCACAUAUGCACAUGCCAACACAAACAUACACAAUACUGGGACUUAAGGAGACAGUGGGAAACAAGUGAUACACGAGGACAGACAGUUAGGAUGAUGGAAUAUGAUGUAAUAGUGCUGGGAACAGGACUGAAGGAAUGCAUCCUCUCUGGUUUAUUGUCUCAAAGUGGGAAAAAAGUCCUUCACAUUGACAAGAAUCCUUAUUAUGGAGGAGCGAGCGCCUCCAUUUCUCCUCUUGAGGAGCUGUACAAGAAGUUUAAGUUUCCAGGUCCUGAUAAAUCUAUGGACCGUGGAAAAGAGUGGAGUGUCGACCUUAUCCCCAAAUUCUUUCUUGCCAGUGGUCAGCUGGUGAAAAUCUUGGUGCACACUGAGGUUACCCGGUAUGUGGACUUCAAGGUCAUUGAAGGCAGCUAUAUGUACAAAGGAGGAAAGGUCCACAAAGUCCCUGCCACAGAGGAAGAUGCACAUAAUUCAGAUCUAAUGGGCAUGUUUGACAAGAGAAGAUUCAAGAAGUUGCUGCUUUUUGCUCUGAACUUCGAUGUGCGAAACCCUCGGACCUACCAGGACGUGGAUCCUCACAAAACCACCACGAGGGACCUGUUCAGCCGCUUCGACCUGGGGCUGGACGUGAUGGAGUUCACAGGUCACGCCAUAGCCUUACACACCAGCGAGAGUUACCUGGAGCAGCCCUGUGUGGAAACCAUCAGACGGAUCAAGCUGUACUCUGAGUCUCUGUCCCGUCACAACAUCAGCCCGUACCUCUACCCUGUGUACGGCCUGGGGGAGCUACCACAGGGGUUUGUCAGGCUGAGUGCAGAGUAUGGAGGAACGUUCCUGCUGAACAGAGCAGUGGACGAGAUUGUGAUGGAGAGUGGCCAAGUGAAAGCUGUCAAAUCUGAGGGGAAGCUGUUCCAUUGUAAACAGCUGAUCUGUGAUCCCAGCUACGUUCCCAACCGAGUGAGGAAAGUGGGCCGGGUCGUAAGGGUCAUCUGUUUAUUAAAUCACCCGGUUAAAAACACACACGAGGCCAAAUCCUGUCAAAUCAUUAUCCCUCAAACUCAACUCAACAGAAAGUCAGACAUUUAUAUAUCUGUGGUGUCGUACGCUCAGAAUGUGGCUUCAGAUGGGAUGUAUAUCGCCACAGUGAGCACCACUGCAGAAACCAGAAACCCAGAGAAAGAGGUUCAGCCUGGUCUCGAGCUUCUUGAACCCAUCAUGCAAAAAUUCGUUUCCAUCAGCAGCCUGUAUGUUCCCAAUGAGGACGGAAAAAGGAGUCAGAUAUUUGUGUCACGUUCCUAUGAUUCAACAAAUCACUUUGAGGAUGAAUGUGAAGAUCUUAAAGACCUGUACCUCCGGAUCACAGGAGCUGAGCUCUUUGGAGGAUCACAAAGACACCAGUCUCACAACUCUGACGACGACUGACAAACACUUUCACAUUAAUGAACCUGCGGACAGCCGUAGUGUAAUAAUGAUACUACACAGCUGUGAGGCUGUAGGUGUUACAUUGUGUAGCACACUAGUGAACUACAUAAAUGUAAAUGUUGUUGGCUGAAUUGUGUUCCCUUUACAGUAUGUAUGAAAUAUUUCAUGAGAAAAAUAUUCUUUAACUGUCUCUUACAGUAUAUGGUCAGUGAAAAUGUUUUAAAACAUCACACUUGGGAAUGACAGGGUUUUAUGCAUUCAAACUGAAAGUGGGCAUGUGGCACAGAGACAGAUGAUGAGAGAUGGAUCACACUGAUAUGUAGAGGAUUUGCAGAUGAAGCAGGACAAAGGCACUGAAUGAUGUCACAUGCUGCACACGGGCAACGGUGCUGGAGACAGAGGGCGCACAGACGAGUAAAGAGGCUUAACCAAAUGCAGCACAGUGUUUGGUUAAGUACAGACACCUCCAGCAUGCAGAUCAGGGACUGAAAAUAUUCACGCACGCUUUCAGAUUUCUUUUGCUGACAGCACAAACAACAGCUUGUUCGCUCUCUCUAUUUGGGAAUAAACAAUGACAGUUUAAUGUCUUUUACUAUACUAUACAUUUGUUAUAGUAUAGUAUAGACAUUUGUUAUAGACAAAACAUAAACGCAUAAUAAGCUGAACUCCAUCACAUAGAGAAAGACUCAGUAAAACACCUGUGCUGCAAUUUUUACUUUAUU